AUGUCGAACUUCCAACAGCAGAACGAGAAGAUUCUCACCGCUUGCAAGACUGGCGAUCAACAGACUCUGCAGGCUUUGUUUUCAGAACUCGACAUCGGGCCCAACCAGCCCAGGAAUAUGUGGAACUUUGACGGAUCCCUUGAAGCGGACCAGCACACGCCACCAGUGAAUGAUAUGCUGCACGCGGCGAUCCGCGGCGAGCAGAUCGACAUGGUCAACUUUCUCUCCUCUACAUUUCCAAAACUCAAUAUGAACAGCGGGCCGCUCGUCUGGGCCAUCGACACAGGCAACGUGGAGCUCGUCGAGGCGAUCUGCAAGAUCCACCCUGCCGCCGCGAACGGGGCGUAUCAACACAUGAACAACCUGGCAUACGCGUGUUUCGAGCCCAAAAAUGCAGAGAUUGUCCGCGUGCUGCUCCAGUACGGCGCAGACCCGAACAAGCCGGCGGAGCAUACGCCACCCUUCUCUAACGUCAGCUAUGCCGUGGCUGGAGGUAUGCCGUUGUCGACGUUCGAGCAGUUCUUCGAUCACGGGUAUCUGUUCAAUGAUGGCUGGGCUGUAAGGCGGGCUAUAGAAUGCAAGCGUGCGGACGUGCUGGAGGUCUUGUUUGCGAGAGGGGGACAGCUUCCCACGGUUGCGCUUGAUUCAAAAGAAGCGUUGAUCAAGCUCGCGUUGGAACAGGACAAGAGCUCGGAAAUGGUCGAUGUGAUUGAAAGAGGAUACCCCGAGUUUCCAAAGAAAAAGAAAGGUCUUGUGAAUAUGAUAGUUGGCAAAUUGCGCUCCUAG